CUCUCUCUCUCUUUUUCUCCGUCUCUUUCUCUCUCACUGUCUAUUUCCUUCUCUCUCACUAACUAUCUCUCUCUCUCUAUCCCUCUGUUACUCACUCACUGAUAUGUGUCUCUCCACGAGAGCGAAGCGAAGAGUGCUUACCCGAACGGAGAACAGAACCGCGGCAAUCGUUCAGUAGUUUCUCGGACGCCGUACCGGCACCAUCCGACCAACGGGCAAGGAGAAUUUUUCUCGAAAGAGGAUUUCUAUUAUACUUAGUGAAAGUUUCAAUAAAUACUAGAUCCAAUGUCAUCGAUAUUUUGCUUCUGGAUAUUGGCGGAUAAAUGAUUUUUGGAGAAAUUGAUUUUUCCGUUUUUUUUUCAAUUGAAAAAAGUUAGGGGGUGGUAAAUAAUGCGAGAGGAUCGAGAACGCGGUGCCUGUGUGGUACCCGCGGUUCAGUGUUGGAGCCACCCUUUCAGUGCGCGGCCGAGGCAGACUUGAGGAUUUUUCACAGAAAGGGUGGUUCUCUAGCAAUAUUUAACGAUCGCAAAUAAUCAGGGGGGGCACGUAACGGGAGUGUGGAUGAGAGCGUCAUGCCCGCUGUGAUCGACACGGGAGGGCCGAGGGUGCUGCAUAAUAAUCAAACUCAUCCCACAACAUCUUUCAUUAGCUCCAAAUUCACCCCUGAGAAAAAUUAUUAUUAUCAUGAUUAUGUUGAUGAUGGUCCUCAACAUCAUGAUCGUUGUUAUCAUGAACCUCAACAUCAUGAUUGUCAUCACAAUGAUUAUCACUAUCAUGAUUGUCAACAUAAUGAUUAUUACUAUCAUGAUCGUCAACAUAAUGAUUAUUACUAUCAUGAUCGUCAACAUAAUGAUUAUCACUAUCAUGAUUGCCAACAUUAUGAUUAUCAAUAUCGUGAUCGACAACAACACGAUUAUCAAUGUCAUCAUUAUCAUCAAGAACAAUUUUUCCAUCAACAAAGAUUCAAAGAGAAGAGUUGUGCUUUACAAGAUCAUCAACAUCAUCAGGAACAAUUUGUCCUCGGUACGAAAUUAUUCCAAAAAUUCAAAAAGAAUCGUCAAAGAACAAACAGUGGUGGUUCAAAUCAUCAACAUCAUCAAGAAUUUCUCCUCGGUACACAAUUUUUCAAAAAUCCAAAAUUCGAACAGAAACGAAAAAGAACAUGCAGUGAAAGUUUACUAGAUCAUCAUUAUCAUCAAGAAGAAUUUCUCCCUGGUUCACAAUUGUUCCAAAAUCAAAAAUUCGAAAAUAAGCGUGGUGGUCAAGAACAAUUUCUCCUCGUUUCUCAACUGUUCAAAAAUCAAAAAUUCAAAAACAAACGCGAAAGAACAAGUAGUGGUGGUCAAGAACAAUUUGUCCUCCGUACAAAAUUGUUCCAAAAUCAAAAAUUCGAACCUAAACUCAAAAGAACAUGCAGUGAAGGUUUACUAGAUCAUCAAGAACAUCAAGAAUUUCUCCUCCAUACCCAAUUUUUCAAAAAUCCAAAAUUCGACCCCAAAUGCAGUGAAGGUUUACAAGAUCAUCAAGAACAACUUUUCCUCGGUACACAAUUUUCCCAAAAUCAAAAAUUCGAAUCGAAACGUGAGUGUCUACCAGACCCCGACGACAGUGCACCGGAAGUUAGACGAAGGGCAAGAGUGAAAAAACCGCGAAGAAGUGAUUUCACAAGCGCAAAUCAUGAUAUCGAGGAAAAUGAAGGGAGAAAUCAACCGGAAUUACGAGGAGGGAGUUUUGAAAUUGCAAAUCAACUUUCAUCAUCAUUAUCAUCGUCAACCACCUGUCACGUGAUUGCCAGUCGAAGGUACACCGAGUGUAGAGGCAAAUUAAAUAUUGGGGAGUGCUUUUUCGAUAAAUUAAAGGGAAUAAAGUUUAAAAGUGAUGAGUCCUUUGAUCCAGGAAUAACGUUCAAGAAAAAAUCUCCCAUCUCUAGUCAUCAUCAUCGUUCCCGAAGUUUCAAUCAUCAUCCGUUAAUUCUCAACAAUAAUUGCGAUUACACACGUGAGGCGAAAUUUCCUCCUAUAAAUUUCAACUUCGAUUCAGUCAUUAAUGAUUUUAAUGUUGUAUCAUCUCGUUUAGAUAUUCUUCCACAAGUGAAAGUUGUACCACAAUUGGAAAUAGGACCACAAUUAAAAAUUGGUCCAAAAUCAAAAAUUGGGUCAAAAAUUGGUCCAGAGUUAAAGUCUGGUCCAAAAUCAAAAAUUGGUCCACAAUUAAAUAUCGAACGAAGAAAAUUAGCAAUUGAUAAAUCGAAUCAAGUUGAAAUUUACUCAAAAUUAGGAAUCGACGAAUUGACCCUUGACGAAAUUGAUUCGAAAUUAGGAAUCGAUGAAUUGAAUCGAGAUUACGAACAGGUGAAAAUUGAUUCUUUAAUUGAAUCACGUUUACAAGAGAGAUUAGUUACGAGAGAUGAAAUUACAUCAAAAUCAUUAUCGUCGUCGUUAUCGAGUGUGAGGAGAAAGCGUGAAAAAAAUACUAGACAGUGUACGAAGAAUUGUUCUUAUUUUCAAUUAGCAUUUUUAUUGUUUUUAAUUGCAUUUGGGCAGAGUGGACUGCUCUCAUCAUCGGGUGUGUUAAAAUUUCAGCGCAAUAAAAGUACUGGAUUGAGUGUAUUCACAAUUGGUAUGGUGAUCGGUGCAGUGAGAGCGGCGCCAAUUGAUAUUCUCAGUGAUACUGGCAUUAGGGCAGAAAGAUCGGCAAAUUUAUCGCACAUUACGGGAGCGUCGAGGAAAAUUCAGAUGUAUGUGAAAAACAGAUAUCUGCAAAUUUUACCAAAUGGCACUGUCAAUGGUUCUAAUGAUGACACCUCCGACUACACUAUUUUUCAGAGGAUGUCGGUGUCGAGGGGUCAACUAAGGAUCCAGGGUGUUGCCACCUGCCUCUACCUUUGCAUGGACUCCUGCGGUCUCCUUUACGGUUCGCACGAGUACACAGAGGACUGCAUUUUCAACGAGACCAUAGAGCAACACAACUACAAUACCUAUAGUUCAGUGCGAUGGUCAACUAAUCAAAAAACUCUCUACCUCGGCCUUAAUCGUUACGGUGAACCAAGAAGGGUCCAAGCCAAAGGUCACAAUCUAGGCAGGCUCUCAGCCUACAGUCGAGUCCUAACAAUGGUCGUUUCGCCCGAUCGUGUCGAGACUCUACACAGACGAAUGUUCGCCACCCAUCACAAUGUUCGUCAUCGGCACAAUGCCCAUCAUCAACACAAACAACAGAAUCUCUGUCCAAGAAUUCUCCAGCCCGAGAAGGAUAAUGUCGACAAUUAUCGUUGUCGAAAGCGUAAAAAGCGAAGGAAACGAAAACGCAAGUGUCGCGAGGACGAGAGUCCCGGUCCCCAGUGCGAGCAUCACGUCGACUCUGCCAACAGCAGUGAGGGUCUACCCGAGUCCAAGAGGUCCUGCGAGGGUGCCGCCAGUGAUGAGGUAUGUCGACGUCAAGCAAUGGAUGCAGCCUCCAAGAAGCGGAAGUCACGGAUGGAGAAGCCUUCCUCCAAGCAGCAGCAUCACCACCAUCACCAGCAUCAGCAGCAGCAGCAGAAGGAAUCAAAGAAGGGUAAGAAACAGCCAAGUACGAAAAAACCGAAUCUCGCUGAGCACGAAGACGAGAAAGAAAAAAAGCCUGAUAGCAUGAACGGAAAGAAAAAGCCCCCUGGGUUUAAGAGGACCUCUCUGCAGGCCAAGAAGAAACUUCCGGGCAGAACAACAACAACAACAAUGGUGCCAAAGGAGCCACAAUCGACAUCGCCCUCUUCCUGGUCACCUGGUUCCUCAACCACAGGAUCAUCUGUCGAUCCAGUUUCUGCUGAUGCCACUAAGCUUCCUUCGAUCGUCUCCGGCUCAUCAGUCAAGGUCACCUCUGGUUCAACCCAAUCGAGGGCUGCUGCUGUCGCAACACUAUCCGAACUUUCAUCGCCACUUGAUUCAGCUGAAGAUGAUCAAUUCGAUGCCUCUUAUUCGAAUGAGGAAAUUUCCAAUUCCUCAUUAGAAUACGGAGGCAUUACGAUAAGUGGCUCUUCAGCUGAAGUAAAUGACGAUGAUACCAUCGCCACCAUCAGUACACCAAGGACUAUGAGGUUGAUCAAGGCUGGUAAGUUGAAAGACUCAACGAGAAGACUGGCCAUGUGAGACUACGUAUUGUUUAUAUCCCUCCGUUUAACACAUGUGUACAUAAAAAUUGGCACCUUCGAUUAUAUAUGUAAGCUUUUUGCGCUCGAUACACUGCAAAAUAAUAUUCUUCAUUUGAGAACUCUCCAGUUUUUUUAAUCACUAUUCUUCAAUUUAGAUAAUAAUCAAUGUGUUAAUGUUGUUAAUCAAUGUGUUCAUUCUAUCAAUUUUAAAUCAAUUAGUUCUUUUAAUCAAAGAUUUCCUUUAAUUAAUUUUAAUCAAUUUCCAUUUAGGGACAGUUUCACCAACUCCGAUUAACAGUUAAUCAAUGAUUAAAUCCUUAACCGACCAAUCGUGGGCGGUUAAAAUAACUUUAACCACUGAUUAACUUUUAAUCGGAGUUGGUGAAACUGGCCCUAACUCAUUGUUUUAAAAAUCGCUGAGAAUAAAACCACACAGCACUCACCGAAACCUUCCUAAAAAUUUAUUAAAGAUUUACUUGCAAACUUCGAAGUAUUUAUUUGCAAAGUUUAGUGAAAAUUGUGUAAAGAUUUAAAUGUCCCACUUCAAUAAAUAUUUAGCGUGAAACUUUCGCUUAUAAAAGCGUAGCCGAAAAUGUAAUUUAAAUGUUCGGGAAAGUUUCAAGCUAAAUUUUCAGGAAAGUUUGACGACAAACAUUAUUUAUUAAAGUGGAACAUUUAAAUCUUUACACAAUUUUUACUAAACU